CAACCGUACCGAUGGCGCCAACACUUUAAUCGUUACCUAUACCGUGCGCCGUCACAGUCAUCUCGUAGCCAAUCGUCUCCAGGACUUUCCACAGGUCUCAUCAUGAAGGUUGCUAUCUGCCUGUUCGCUGUCAUUGCCCUCGCCCUGGCCGCUCCCCAGCGCGACGGUGGUGCCCUCACCGAUGAAGCUAUCCGGCAGGCACAGUCCCAACAGCUGAUCCCGCAGGACGCACAGAUCCAGGGUGUCCAGCAGGGUAUUCAGGUGGCCGCACUCGAAUCCAUCCCCGGAACCCAGCGUGUCGAUCUGUUCCAGCUGCUUGGAGAUCAGGUUCCGCGUGAGGUCAUCACCAACCUGCAGUCGCAGGUCGAUCAGGUUGGCCAGGUCUAGGCCAGCAAUCUUCUUCUUCUACCUACCAUCUAUCUGCGAGUCCCCACUUUACGGAGCACCUGGCCCUGUUCUAUUGGCGGACUGUUCUAUUGCCGAGAGCUGGCUAUUCUUCCACGAAGGUGCCAACUGAAAACUGUCUAAUGUGUAAGACCUUUUUCGUACAUUUGUGCUACGAAAAGGGUGUGCGUGCGUGCGUGUUUGUUUUUUUUUAUUAUGUUACAAAAUGAGACCGAAAGGGAGAGAGAGAGAGAGAGAGAGAGAAAAGUCAAAGAUGAGGGAAAAUUUGAUGAGAUGAAACAAUAAUAACAACACCGUUCAAACAACUUUC